UGCAGACUUUUGCAUGGACCAGGACAAUAUUGGAAAAGAUUAAGAGCAAAUGGGUUCUUUAAUGUCAGGAUGGGACUCUCCUGUUGGGGAUUCUAAUUCAGUGAGAAGGUGCAAGUCGCUAACAAGAGAAGAGAUCGACACUUUUUGGAAAACAAAGAAGAAGACUGAAGAAGAACAUGUUCAAGCCGUUUCCAAGUUGGUAACUCAGGAAGUUGCACGAAGCCAAUCACAAGAGGAGAAGGGAGUAGUAGAAGAGGUUUUUGAGAACCAAAACAAGAAAAGUGGAUGGUGGACAAGAAGCAACUGGGCGUUCUUGAAUGAGCCGAGGGAGGAAGAAGGUCGACCGAACAAUUACGUGCCACAGUUCCAAGUUGCUCACAUCGCCAAAAUCGCUGGAUAGCAGUGACGCUAUAAGCACCGGCUAAUAUAUGGAAUGGUGAUUUAAUUAAGGUUUUAAUCUAAGAUGUGUUUUAUUUACGUGUGAUCAUAUGUAUAUGUAUAUUUUUGGUUGUGUGAAUGUAAUUCGAGACAUGGAUUUAUAGAUCUUUGUUUUUUUUAUAAGAAACAAACAUUUUAUCU